AUUCCAUCCGAUCAUCGUUCGAAGCCAUUAGUCGGUGAUCUUCUGUCCCAUCUGUCACAGCAAGCGCAGUCACGAUGAAGAGCUUCACAGCAGUCCUGGCAUUCACGCUCCUCGCCACCGUCUAUGCAAAUCCUAGCCCAUUCUUCCACCGCCACGCCCACGGUGGAGUCCACACCUACCAUCCCGUAACGGUGCGUGAGUACGUGAAGGUACCGGAAGUGCAUGUGCAGAGGGUCGUCCAUAAGGUGCCCGUGUACGUGCCAGUGGUACAUCAUGUUCCGGUAGUGCAGCAAGUCCACGUUCCAGUUCCGGUAGAACGGCCGGUAAAUGUCGAGGUCGGUGGUGGAGUGAACGUAGCCGCCAAUCCGGGUGCGGUGCAUGUGACUAAAACUAAGCCGGUUAAAGUUUCGGUAUAAAUUUGGAGAGACUUUAAAAUUGGCAAUAAAUUCGAUUAUGAGUACUAAAAAAGUAAAAUUAAAACUUUGUUGAGUGAA